GUUUUGGUUUCGUUAAACAUCAGAUUCUACUACUUACUUUCAUACAAGAAAUCUUGAAACUAGCAAAGGAAGAAGUUCAAAUAAAGGAAUCUGCAGGCUGUAGCACAACACCAUCAGGAUAUUUUACAACUGUCGAAAAUGAUUCCAAACAAAGAAUGGAUGAGCAUACGGAACAGGAGAGAACCGGGAUUCGUGGACGGCGUAAAUAACUUCAUUGAUUACGCGUUUUCUCAUUCAGCCAACAAAGAAGCCAUUCGUUGUCCUUGUACAAAGUGCAGAAAUGCUGUAUAUAAAGGUCGUUCCGAGGUUCAAUAUCAUCUACUAAAAAAUGGGAUUUUGGAGAAUUAUUCAACUUGGAACUUCCAUGGAGAAGGUGCGGGUAAUACUCAGGACUCGACAAGUACCCAAGAACUGAAUGAAGACCAUAUGCUUGAAGAUACUCUUGAUGAUAUGGAUGGAUUGUUAAAUGACAUUUAUGGCAGGAGAGGUGAAGAAGAAGAUUUUGGUAUGGACACAGAGGAGGUUGCAGAAGAACCUAAUCAAGAUGCUGCUGCCUUCUAUCGCUUGCUCCAAGAGGCUAAGGAAAAAUUGUAUCCGAACUGUGAGUACACUAAACUAUCGACAAUUGUGAAACUGCUUCAUCUUAAAAGUAUUCACAAGUGGACUAACAAGUCAUUCGACGACUUACUUGACAUUUUGAGGGUCUUAAUUCCUGAUGGCAAGGUUAAUUUGCCCGAGUCGUUCAGUAGUGCUCGUAAGUAUAUUUCUGAAUUAGGCCUUGGUUAUGAGAAGUACGAUGUCUGCGAGAAGAGCUGCACAUUAUACUGGGGUCCUCAUAAAGAUGCAACAUCGUGCCCAGUUUGUAAAUUGCCUAGAUAUGCAUCUAUAGACAGCAAGGGGAAGGGAAAACCACACAAGGUAUUACGAUAUUUUCCAUUGAAGCCUAGGUUGCAGAGGUUGUUUAUGUCAAGUAAAACAGCUUCUGAGAUGAGGUGGCAUAAGGAGGGCAGAAGUGAUGAUGGUAUAAUGCGACAUCCCGCUGAUACUCCUGCGUGGAAGUCAUUUGAUGAGACAUACCCAUCUUUUGCAUCUGAUCCUAGAAACGUUAGACUGGGUGCAGCAACUGAUGGCUUCCAACCUUUUGGCAACAUGAGCUCCCAACAUAUUAUAUGGCCAGUGGUUCUUAUUCCCUAUAACCUGCCUCCUUGGUUGUGCAUGAAACAACCAUAUUUUAUCAUGUCAAUGAUAAUACAUGGUCCUCAUAGCCCGGGUAUGGGUAUCGAUGUAUUCUUGCAACCUAUGAUCAAGGAUUUGAAGGAUUUAUGGGAAGAUGGAGUUAGCACGUACGAUGCACAUUCCAAGAAGAACUUUCAGUUGCGUGCUUCGAUUCUAUGGACUAUUAGUGACUUUCCAGCUUAUGCUGAUUUCUCGGGAUGGUCUACGAAAGGUUAUAAGGCUUGUCCUUCAUGUCAUGCUGACACUAGCGCGCUGUAUUUGAAAGGGUCGAAUAAGUUGUGCUACAUGGCUCACCGGAGGUGGUUGGCACCUAAUCACAAAUGGCGAAAGAAUGUUGCAGCAUUCAAUGGGGAAAGAGAGGUCAGGGCAAAACCAAAUCCAUUAUCAGGAGAUGAGGUGCUUAUGAAAUGCUGCUCUUUCACGCAAGUACCUUUUGGGAGGAAAGAAAAUCCAGUCAACUAUGAUGCUACUAAUAGUUGGGAAAAUUUGAGGAAAAAAAGCAUUUUUUUGAGCUGCCUUAUUGGAAGAAUCUCCUUAUCCGCCACAACCUUGACGUCAUGCACAUUGAGAAAAAUGUGUGCGAUAAUGUGCUAGGGACCAUAAUGGAUAUCAAGGGAAAGUCAAAAGAUUCUUACAAAAGUAGAUUGGACUUGGUACAACUGGGAAUUCGAGAAAAACUACAUCCAGUCAAGGCCUUUCAUUUUUUAUGGUUUAGCUUUUGUUCUUGAACUUUCUGAUUUUCUGCACAAUAAAUUCUGUGUUACCUAGAUACAACUGUGUUCGAGUUCUAUUAUGAGUUUACGUAAUAGUUUACUUUUGGUUCAACCUACUUAAUUUAAAGGUAGCGGAUCGACUCCCCCACUUCGUCCUGAACUCACGGAAGAAGUUGCUGUACAUGAAACUGGUCAAGGAGGCACUUCCAAGGGUCAUGUUGGCAGUAGAGGCAUAUAUAAAGGAAUCGACUUGGAUAAGAAAACAAAAUCCAAGAAGGAGAAGUUGCCCAUAUAUUUUAUGCCGGGCAAGAAACAUUUUCGUCCUGUUGGCCCGAAUGAAAGAUCACUAAAUAUGUGGUUGGCAUUUUGUGUUCGAUCUGUGAUUGGGGCACCGAUCCAUGACUACCUCACUAUACUUCCACAGUAUAGUGACCAGUUAUGGAGUAUGGCAACGGACUACUUUCAAGUGAGUCCGGAUAGCCCGCCUAAGUUGAAGAAAAUUGAGGACUUGAACAACACCCUUCCUCCAGAGCCGCUUGAAGUGAAGAAAUAUAAAUUUAGAGAGCAUUGUUUUAAUGAAAUGAGAGCCAGCUACAGGAAAUAUAGGUCAAGAUUGCAUGAUAAGUACAAGAAGUAUGAAACAGAUGAAGAGCGGAUGGAGCAUAUCCCUGAAGGAUUAUCUGCAGAAGAUUGGCUACAAAUGUUGCAACUUUUUGCAUCACCGGAAUUUAAGGCUCUUAGCUUGAAAAAUGCUAACAAUCGCUCAAAUCAAAAGGUCAUUGCCUGUACUGGACCAACACCAUUCGCACAAACAGAAUAUGAUAUGAUUGACGAGGAAACUGGAAAACUACCACCUGCAUCGGAAGUUUGGAUGGCACAACAUAGUACUUUGAAUGCAAAUAAUGAGCGAAAGUGGGUUGAUAGUUCAUCAGAGAAUUAUUAUCAUGAGAUAAGAAGAACAGAAGAAGAAGUCAUGCCUGUGGAUGAGACUGUUAAUGAUAAUGAGGAUGUCUUGAGAGUGGUCUUUGGUGCUCGUUCUGGCUAUGUUCGUGGAAAAGGAACUGGGUACAAGUCAACUACAAAGGGAAUGAAUACAAACAAUCAAAAUGGAAAGAUAGAGCAACUGGAGGCUCAAGUUGGUGACCUAACUGCAAGAUUAGCAGAUCAAGCCAAACACAAUCUGGCCUUGACCCAAAGGUUCGAAAAAUUUAUGGAAAUGGUAGAAAAUGAAAGGCAUGAAUCAUCUUCUCGCAGUGGACAUAUGGAGGAUGCUCUCACUUCGGAAGAGACAGAUGGAGAAGAUUAUACAAGGGAUGAAUGUUCUAACAAGGCUAGACGCGCAGAAAAGAAACGAAGUGCACCACGCAAGCAGGUUUCGAACUCAAGAAAGAAAAAUAGGGAGCUAAGAGAAGAAUGAAGUUUGUUGGUGGAAGCAUGGUGCGGUAGAAAGAAUAGUUAAGUGUUAGUACUUUUGUUAAGAGAGAUAAUAGAACAAUUCAUGGAUUUAGAACUUGUUAUCUAUUAUUUUUUAGUAUUUUUCUAGUUUCACGAGAGAAUGGUUAUUCUUUCAAACUAUGAAUGUUGGUUUUUCUAGUGUUGGAUGAGAUGACAUUGUAGUAGUUUAGUUUUAUUGCACUUUUAUGGAGAUGAUUUUAUG